GUUGGUUCUAGUUGGAAAACUGCCCCACCGAAAUUCGAUCUCAGUUUCCAGUCACCCAGCAUCAUUCAUCAACGACGACCUUCAUAUCUCAAAAGCACCUUCCUCAAAACAGACUCGUGAAAGUGUUGAGUCGACUGAGUAGAGGGAAAAUAUAGCCGCUAAUUCGUGAUGUUCGAUGAGCUGCUCAAGAUUUCCCGUCAUAUCGGGCAAGACAGCUCGCCGUCGGAUAUACCUCGAGAAAUCACAAGCCUGUUGCCGUCUAGUUUCACAUUAGAAGAUGUUAGCAAUAUGCUUAUAGGCUCAAAAUUAUCUGGCGACAUUAGCUCGUUGAGGGCUAUUCAAGCAUGUCUAGGAAGCGAGAAGCUUACUUCAAGUGACGGCGAGGACCCAGAUGCUCUGCAGAAGGUCGCGAAGUACGUUGCUCGCAGCAUCUUGCCAGUGUCAGAUGCAUCACUUAGCGAUGGAUUCAAGAUAUGGAAGAACCACGCGCUCAAGGCCGAAGUAGGACUGGACGUCCUUCACUCAAUCGACCACAGCAAAGCCAUCGAGCUGGAUGACCCAGUUUUCGUGUCCAUCACAGCUUUCACCAGUGUGAAGGACUCAUGGACAACCGAGACAUCCUCUUCUCUAGCACACGGAAUUCUCAAGGCGCACCUGCAGGUGGGAAAAGCACAACAGAAAUUCAUCGUCGAAACGGUCCUCAACGGAUUCCUCCGCCCUCUAUUCUCCAAAUCGCGCCCCGCCACGGUAACAGCAUCUGGCCGUAAGGCCGAGUUCGUCGAGGCGUCACGUUAUGCAGGUCUAGAUGCGCAGUCCGAGGCGUUUAAACAAUGGAAGCAUAGUCAGCGAUACGCCAUCACGGUGUUUGAGUGGGCCGUGGUACAGGCUGAUGAAGAGCUACUGAGAAAGCACUGGCACAUGUUCACCCCGGUCCUGCUGACUUUACUCGACGAGUCUGAGACAGAGAUCAAGAUCCGCGCUAUUACGAUCUUCACCGACUUCUGGGCACGUUGCCCGGCAGGCCUGAUGAGAAAGGUCGGACUAGCCGAGGUCUUCGAACAGGCUAUCUUUCCCGCAGUCUUGUACCUUCCGAGUCUCACGCCCGAAGAUGAGUCGGUCAGGAUCCUCAACACGGCAUACCCUGCGCUGUUCCAGCUGGCCGGCCUGCCGUAUCCGGAGAAGAUCGACGAGCCGUGCACUUACCCGGAGUUCUCAAAAGCAGAAAAGCAGUUGCUGGAUAAGAUCAUUCGAGAGGGCAUCCUGGUCGGACAUAAUCACGCGAGCGAGUAUGUCAGGCUUACCGAGUUAUUUCUUCUGAAAGCGCGAUACAUUGUCAACGGAAUGGGUAUUCUGGCUGUGAAACACUUGAAAGAUUUCAUUCCCAUGGUAUCUCAAGUCAUGAUCGACCCAUUCGGCACCAAAUACCCGCCAGUACUACACGCUGGCGCUCGGCUCUUACAAGUCAUCAUGCGGUGCUGCUGGCCGCGGAUGCCAGGCUACUGUGAUGAAGUCGUAAAAGUUUUGACGGUAUGCGCGCUCAACAUCGAAGACGAAGACGCCUUCCCCGAGGGAGCUGCAGGUAAAGAAAAACUCAAGUCGGAAUUGAUGAGAACAGCGGAUAUGCUCUCGGCCGUUAUCAAAGCCGAAGGCAUCGACCUCUCCAAACGAGUAAUACCGCUCAUUGAGAAGGAGCCCUCAUUAGCCCAGCUAUUCACAGAAAAGCCUAAACAGAAUUAA